UAUCUUGCAUGAACGGAAAAGGAAUGUCACGAGGGUAUGGCUAUAUGUAUUCAUUUUGUGAUCAGAUCGAAAGAGGUGUCCACACAAGAAACUUGCAGAGAGUUGUCCCGAAAGUGGAGAGACUCCUUUGCCCACAUCAUGUCUUAUUUUGAACACAUCGUGUUUGAGGAUGAGUUCAACAGCUCUGAAUCUGGAUCAGGAGAAUUUGAGGUCUUUUUGGAGGAACCCUGUGAUCGAGCUCGCAACAGUGAAUUUCAAAGGAUCUUUCUACCGACGGUGUUUGGAAUAAUAUUUGUUUUGGGCAUCGUCGGCAAUGGACUGGUAGUUGUGGUGAUGGGCUACCAAAAAACGAGAACUAUGACCGACAAAUAUAGGCUUCACCUUUCUGUGGCAGAUCUGCUGUUUGUCCUCACUCUGCCCUUCUGGGCUGUGGAUGCCGCCAGCAGCUGGCAUUUUGGAGGUUUCCUCUGUGUGGCUGUGCACAUGAUCUACACGGUCAACUUGUACAGCAGUGUACUGAUUCUGGCCUUCAUAAGCCUGGACAGGUACUUAGCAGUGGUGCAUGCCACCAACAGCCAGGCUCCCAGGAAACUCCUGGUGGAGAGGGUGAUCUACGUGGGCGUGUGGCUGCCUGCCACCCUCCUCACGGUGCCGGAUCUGGUGUUCGCAAAAACGCAGGAGGCGGGCUCCAGGACCAUGUGCAUCCACAUAUACCCCCUGGAGACCAGCUCCAUCUGGAUGGCUGCGUUCCGGGUCCAGCACAUCUUCGUGGGCUUCGUCAUCCCGGGCCUGAUCAUCCUCAUCUGCUACUGCAUCAUCAUCGUCAAGCUGUCCCGGGGCUCCACGGGUCAGCAGAAGCGCAAGGCGCUGAAGACCACGGUCAUCCUCAUCGUGUGCUUCUUCAGCUGCUGGCUGCCCUACUGCGCCGGCAUAUCCGUGGACACCCUGAUGAUGCUGAACGUGGUCCCCCACAGCUGUGCCCUGGAGCAGAGUCUGCAGACCUGGAUCUCCAUCACCGAGGCCCUGGCCUACUUCCACUGCUGCCUAAACCCAAUCCUCUACGCCUUCCUGGGAGUUAAGUUCAAGAAGUCUGCACGGAAUGCAUUGACUACCGGCAGGGGAUCGAGUUUGAAAAUACUUCCCAAAAAGAAAGGUGGACAUUCAUCAAUCUCCACAGAAUCUGAGUCUUCAAGCUUUCACUCUAGUUAACAGUGACUUAUUAUUUGGGGGGGCAAUUCUGUUAGGGAGGCUUAAGCUUUCUUUGUACAAAAUUGGGGGGGGGGGGGACUAGCCAACACGUUUAACUGUAAAUAGUUCUGUUAUAAAGUUGUUGUUUUUUAAAUUUUAAUUUCUGUUCUUUGGUCUGUUUUUAUUUAAGAUUUUCUAUCUCUUAACAUUCACCCAAGAACAUGUGGAAUGUUCAGGCAGAGCCUGUUGGCCAUUGAUUGGCCAUGUCCUUUUUGUAAAAUCUGUAAAUACUGUAUGGAUGUCAAGCUAAGGCCACUUUUUAAAUCAAGCACCGCAAAAGUCAACAAAGGAAAUCAAGUACUGUUCAAGUGUGGUUGAUCAAACAGGCAACACUUCUUCAAAGCUGUGGUCUAAUUAAAGUGUCUUAUAUCCACUUUAUGGCACGUGUGAAUAAUUAGUUGUUUACCCUACUUUGUAUGUUAGCACUUGAUUGUCUUAUUCACUUAGAAUCAGUUACUUUUUAACACAAUAGUUGACCCAGUAUGUUUGAUGGAGAGGUUUUAGAAGAGUGCCCAAAUCAUUUCAUAAUGUCUGCUUUUACAACUCAAACAUUCAGAAUAAAAUCCAAACCUAA